AAUGGUUUCCGCGAGUCUUUCAACGUCGCGGUGACGUUUGACCGGCGAAGGAUCACCUCGUGCAACUGCACCUGCUCGUCCGCCGCCUACUGGUGCUCGCACGUAGUUGCAGUGUGUCUGCACAGGAUACACAUGCCAACACAGGUAUGCCUGAGAGCGCCUGUAUCCGAGUCGUUGUCACGGCUACAACGGGAACAGUUACAAAAGUUCGCACAGUAUUUGAUCAGCGAACUGCCCCAGCAAAUUCUGCCGACGGCGCAACGUUUGCUGGACGAAUUGUUGUCGGCAACGCCGAGCGCCAUCAAUACCUACUGCGGUGCACCCGAUCCCACCGCUGGCGCCUCGGCCAACGAUCAGACGUCCUGGUAUCUCGAUGAAAAGACGUUGCACGACAACAUCAAAAAAAUACUCAUCAAGUUUUGCGUGCCCGCGCCGAUUGUUUUCAGCGACGUGAAUUACUUGAGCACGACAGCUCCACCCGCUGCUGCGGAAUGGUCAUCCCUUUUGCGACCAUUGCGCGGUAGAGAACCGGAAGGCAUGUGGAAUUUGCUGAGCAUCGUUCGAGAAAUGUUCAAACGCACCGACCGUAACGCCAUCCCGCUGUUGGAGAUUAUCACCGAGGAAUGCAUGGCCUGCGAGCAGAUACUCGUGUGGUGGUUUAACACCAAGGUUGCUCUACUCAAUGGCAAUGGCUACGGAGGAGGCAAACACGGCAACAUGAACAGCAACGCUCACGCCUCACAACACGCGUGCUCUUCGCUGUGCGACGAGAUCGUCGUUCUCUGGCGACUGGCUGCUUUGAAUCCGGGACUGUCGCCCUCGGAGCGAACGAUGCUGCACAAACAGUUCACCGCCUGGCAUAUGAAGAUCAUCGACAAAUUAACGAAAAUUCGUGGAUCGACGGCCUCGCAGAAUUCGCACAAUCGCAACAACUGCAUCGGUCAGAAAGAUUCACUAAAGUCGGACCUCGAGAUGUUCAUCGGUUUCAAGCCGGCGUUGGAGGCUUGCUACCUUGACUGGGAGGAAUACACGCUGCCUGGCAUCACGUACACCGCCAGUACCAACCCCAUGUACCACUGUCCCUUCACAUGCUUCAGGCAUACGGGCGACUCGAAAACCGAGGUCAAUCAGGUUAACUCAAGUUCGGCAGUGCUCAAUUGCCAGCCGCCCACAUCGCAUCACCACAGUCGCAGGAACAACUGCUUGGGUUUGGUUGAGUUUAGCUACAUGGACCGCAGAAGACUGAACCAUCGGGAUUUCCCGGGAUUGUGCUCGCGUCCUAAUGCCGGAGGCGGAGACGGCAAUCGCAGCAGUGACAGCUCCGAAGGCUUUUGCGAGAACGAUGGCGACAUCGCUGAUAUUCCCGAAAUACCUGUAGUUCUCGUAAGACGAGGUAUGGGCCAAAUGAAUAACUGUUGCGAUACCGACUCACAGGAGGGUGGUGGUAGUGAAUCAUCAUCGAACAGCAAUGUUAGCUUAAAGAAUGCUCAAGGCUCCGAUGUAUUGCACUCUAAUGCAUCCUCUGAGACACACAGCGACACAAGCGACAGCAGCAUCCAGAAGUGUCCAAGCAACGUCAACUGCAACGCCAGAUGUUCGAAAAGUCCGACCGCAGCCGAGUUGUUGGAAGCUGUAAAUGCUGGCGCGGCUGUGGCUGCAUCGGUCGUCGUUGUAGGUACACCUCCGGUUGCUGCCGCAGCUCCUGUUGUUGUAAAUGACACAGCGACGUCUAAGAAACCGAGCGAACAAGAGUCUGACCAGGAGAAAGAUCCAUCCAGGAGGCCGUCCAAGGACGAGAGCUCAUCGUCAAGUAGCGACAGUCCUUCCGGAGACGAGUAUCAUGUGUAUUAUUACGAUGCCAAGUCAAACGUCAACGGUACCGUUAACAAGGAUUCCCAACUCGAUGUCAACGGUGCAGCAGCUGCUAACGUCAAAACUAUCUUAGGUAAUCUCAAGAAGACUGAAGACCCAUGGGAUGUUCUCUUUGCGCGUGCGGAGGGUCUCUAUGCUCACGGGCAUACACGUGAAGCCUGUAUUCUUGGCGUUAAAUUAGCUGAAGAACUGUUGGCAAACCCACCAGAUCUCAUGAUUGAAGUGCCUCCAAUGCCUGUGAAAGGCAAGAGGAAGAAGCAACAGGUGAAUCCAGCGUCUCAUCAACUCACGUGUUCUGCUUCGGCAACACUAGCGAAAUGCGGUUUUCUUUGUACAGUUUUAGCCGAAAACCCAGAAUAUUAUAAUUUGGCAUUUAGAGUGGGCCUCUUUGGAUUAGAAAUGGCUAGACCACCUGCGAGUACGAAACCACUGGAGGUGAAACUGGCCCAUCAAGAGAGCGAACUUGUAACUUUGCUCAAGCGAAUACCGUUGGGACUAGACGAACUAAACAUGAUCAGACAGCGAGCCAAAGCACUUAGAGAUAAUGUUUAUCGUUCAAGAGGUGACGCUUUGCUGCCAAUCAUGCUAGCGAGCUUUAUCUUUGAUGCCCUGAACACACCGAGAACGAAAAUGGCUCUAGACAUAGACGAGAACUUAGGUUUUGAUGCUGCUGUAGCUGCUCUUGGGUUAAAAGCAAAUGUUAGCGAAGCUGAUCAUCCAUUGUUGUGCGAAGGAACACGUCGUCAAAGAGGAGAAUUGGCUAUAACAUUGUUGGUCCAUUAUAAAGAUGAAUCCAUAAAAGUCGCUAGAAUAAUGGAUAAACUGCUCGACCGAGAUGUACAUCAGCUCAUCAAAACGCCCAUAUUAAGUAGUUACUACAGUGCAAAUCCACCUACGAGAAGCCAGCUAUUGAGUUUUCGUCGAGAGAGAGCUUGUUCAUCACCGCUGACAGGUGAUGCAUCUGGCUCAAGUGAAGGCCUCGUUGGAAGUAAUAGCAGGCCACACAGUAGCACCAGUGCCGAGUUAGAAGCUGGCAUGAGCGCAUUGUCCGUUGCACCCACUCCUGGACAGCAAACAGUACCAACGAGAACAAAGGAAGGUGGCUCAUCCAGACCGCAUAGGUACAAAUGCAAGAGGUCAUCGAUUGCCAAGCCAUCCAUACCAAACCAGCCGUCCGAAGCUGGAGCACACUUCAUGUGCGAGCUUGCAAAAACAGUGCUUACAAAAGCUGGUGGCAAUAGCUCUACAUCUCUAUUUACUCAAGCUUCAACAAGCCAAAACCAUCAUGGUCCUCAUCGAGCUCUACACAUGUGUGCUUUUCAACUUGGCUUGUACGCUCUGGGUCUUCACAACUGCGUCAGUUCCAACUGGCUUAGUCGAACAUAUUCUAGCCAUGUAAGCUGGAUUACAGGACAAGCUAUGGAGAUCGGAGCUCCGGCUAUUUGGUUCCUCAUCGACAGUUGGGAGGGACAUCUCACACCACCUGAAGCAGUCAGUAUCGCUGACAAAAGCUCUCGGGGUAGUGAUCCUAAUAUGGUCAGAGCUGCCGCGGAAUUAGCAUUGUCUUGCUUGCCACAUGCUCACGCGCUUAACCCUAAUGAGAUUCAGCGCGCGAUCCUGCAGUGUAAGGAACAAAGCGAUGUUAUGCUCGAAAAAGCUUGUUGGACGGUCGAAAAUACGGCCAAAGGAGGAGGUGUUUAUCCAGAGGUUCUAUUCCAAGUUGCGAAGUACUGGUACGAACUCUAUCUUCGGCACACACCUGGCGCGGAUCAACAAGACGAAAUACCCCACGAGCAAUUGCCGUUGGAUGCCAACGGUUCAUUGAUAGUCGAUCCUAGUCCUCCAAUGGACCUGGCAACUGGCCAGUUAUUACCAGGACAAGCGCAAGCAGUGGUCGUGACGAGUGCUCAACCACCGCCACAACCUUAUGCUCAUCCAGCUAUAACCACUCUUGCUCCGCUAGUUAAUCGUGUUCCAGAUGUCGGCAUGCAAUACACUGUGCCCUACAGUUUUGUGCAUCCACAUCAACAAUUUCCUCAUCAACCGUUCGGUGGUCCAAUGCAGCCUCAUCGCGUAGCAUUACCACCUCAGCCACCGAACAUGCAGAUGUAUCAUCCAUAUCCACCACAUCCCGGACACCCGGUACAGCAUCCACAGAUGCCUCAGCAUCCACAGAUGCCCCAGCAUCCGCAGAUAUCUCAGCAUCCUCAGAUGCCCCAGCACCCGCAAAUGCCCCAACAUCCGCAGAUGCCUCAGCAUCCGCAGCACCCGCAGCAUCCGCAGCUGCCUCAUCAUCCUCCUCCAGGACAACCAACUCAAGUCUCGCAGUUCUAUGCUCCACAGCCAAACGUCACAACUAUCAACGUACACCCGCCACCUGGAACUCAGCAUAUGUUCACUAUGCAGCAACCUAUGCCUGUUAACUUACUUGAAUAUUGGAGAAGCAAUACCGGUGUAACUUUUGAUCAGGUGCAACCCGGUAUGUCAGGGCCUAUGCCAGGUCAAAGUGGAUUACCUGGUCCAGCUUUGAUGCCACCUCAGCCAAUGAUGUCGAGCGUUCGAACGCAACCACAGGUGCACAGGCAAAAUCAGUCGUAUACACAGCAGCAGUUGAAUGCUUUAGGAGCAGCCUAUCGGGUUGGCAUGUUGGCCCUCGAGACGUUGGCACGUCGUGUACACGAUGACCGGCCACAGGCUAAGUACGCACGCAAUCCACCCUAUGGCGAGGAUGUCAAAUGGUUACUGCGUGUGUCCAAGCGCCUGGGUACUCAAUGCUUGCAUCAGCUGUGUGUCACCGUAGUCAACAGUAUCGUCAGUCCAUUCGUGCUGCACGAUGUCGCACUCGAAGCGGCCUACUACCUCUCUAGAAACAAUUCUGCGCUCGUUUUGCAGCAUCUCCGAUCUGCUUUUUUGGCUCCGCUUGUUCACAAAUGUCAGCAAAUGUACAUUCAAUGUAUGCACCAGAAAUUGUAUCAUCUUAUGCAGCCCGACUAUGAAGAAUUUGCUAGCAUCGUCCGUGCCGCAAGAGCAGCUUUUCACAUUACUCCGGAAGGUCACACGCAAUUCAAAGAAUGGCUACAAUCUAUACGAAGGUCUCAAUCAUGUAACAAAGAUCUUUGGAUACAUAUAAAUGCAGCACUUCAGCAGAAUAGCAAAUGACACAAAGCGGAGCCAUGGCUAACGCAUCGACCGCAGCAACACUCAUUCGAAGAUUCUCAUCUUGGGGCAACGACGUCUACGACAUCGACAAUCGCAGGUAAUAAUUCGGCCUCAAAUUCCACGGAAGAAUUGCCAACGGCAAUGGAAGUUACAAGCGCAGACGUUGUCGAUGAAUUGGCAAAUUCACUCAUUGACGCAAGAAUACGUCAACUCGAUUUGGAUAUGCGUGGCUACUACCGACGUCGCGAAGACUGGUAUCAUCGACGUCACACUUUUGGAUUUGCAGAGCAACAUCUGCCAUUAAACAAUCAUCUGGGACACAAUAAUCGUAGUCCAUCGCUAGAGUGAGCGUGUAAAUCUGAUUGAUGGAGCGUUUUAUUGUUCAAUAUUCUUUUUUCUCUUUUCGUUUAGAAUAAUUUUAUUUAUCUUAAUACGCUCUCAUUUCAUCGAAAACAAAAUUAACGUAAGUAGCGGACCUUGAAUAUCGAAGAUGUUUUAAAGACUGUAAUAACCGAUUCUCUGUGUUCUUUUUUUAUUUUUUACGAGAUUUUUUUUUACAUAAAGAAAUUCAACUGCGUAUAGUUUAAGACGUGUUGACAUGAAAUGUGUUUCAUUUUUUUCGUUGUAACGAUCAUACGUCGAGAAGCGUAUUUCGAAUGAGAAUCAAUUUUAAAGAAGAAUGAAUGAAAUUUCAACAGUUGUUAUCAUAAUCAUAAAUGGAACAUUUAUACGUCGUAAGGCAAAUUUUUUCUAUGAAAAUAGAUAGGACUGACGAAUACCCAUUAAUUAAUUUGCAUGGUAUUAUUUUUUUUAUUAACGAAAGAUAUCUUUCAAUAAUCUUUCAAUACUCUUUAAAUAGUAGAAUGGAAUUUGAUAUUGUGUUAUAUAUAGUUUUUCGACUAUAUUAUCCAGAGUGAUAAUUUGACAUUAUUUAGUGAAAUUCUGCUGUGCGUAGUUUAUAAUAUUAUCUUCGUUCAUGGUCCGCUUGAUAUCGAGCGUUUAGUUGAUCUACAAAUCUGCGAUUAUUUAAAAAUCUAUAAGUUAAGAAAUGUAAUGAAAUAAGCAAUGGUGUGCAUAUUACACAUACGAAAAAUCGAAGUGAUCAUUUAAACAUCAUUCACAUCAUUCAUCGUUGUAAAAAAAUCGAAUACAAAAUCUAAUUGACAUGCAAUAAUCAAUUAAUGAACAAAAAAAUUGAAAAAUCGAAAAUUGAUUUGUAUGUUACGCACUUGAACGUAAUAUAAUGGUUCCAUCGAACACAUCAAUUUCAUGUUUUAGUUAGACGGAAGUAUUGUAGCCACAAUUAGAUAGAAAAUUUUAUUUUGAAUUCUAGAUAGGGCGAAUUCUUGCAUCUUGUUUCGCUUGAUAAACAAGUGGCAAAAAAUUUUGAAUAUUGAUAUAAUAUCUAUUUAUAUACACGAGGGAAGAUACCGAUUUCUUCUCGAUCACCGUAUAAAAAUGACAUUUACUUAAACCCCAGAUAAAAACUCGUUUCUUUUUAGUAUUUAGAUAAUUUUCAGUUUUACGUUGAAGUAAUCUUUUUUUCAAAACUUCAUCUUUUAUCUUCACUUUUUUCCUCUACUUUCAUUCUCUACUAUAAACGACUCUACGUAUCAACGUAUUAAUGCAUAUAGUACGAUAGAUAGACAAAAAUAUAUAUAUAUAUACACAUGAAAAAAAUAUAUAUUAUAUAUAAAUAUACGUAUAUAACGAUAUUCAUCAUAAACAGUCGUAGUAUGUUUUCAUUUAGUCGUAAUCGACAAUGCAUUGAGUUAAACAAUCUUUGUAAUUUUUUAAUUGAAAUUAUUUAAAAUAUCAAUAAAGGAAUGAUAAAUUACAUAUCAUCGGUUUCGAGCCACCUAUCCAAAUCAUAAAUCAACGUUUCUGUAGUCUGUUAUUUAAAACAACUUUUUUUUUAACAAAUAAAAUUGAAACAGAAUUAACAUUGACUUUAUUAUUCGUAUAUCACAAAUAAACAUUUCAUUAGAUCAUAAAAAAUUAUAUUAGAAGCUGAUUUUUUUAACUGUCAUUUUUUCCGUCAUGUGAGGUGGCUAAGCAAUAGUACCAAAUAAAAAAAAUCAUUCACUUUGUAUAACUACAUUAAGUCUUUUUACUUGUAUGAAAUUGUAUCAAUUUUAAUUUGAGGAAAGACGUCAGAAAAUGAUUCUUUCUUUGAAUAAAAUUCUUUCGAGAGAUGGAACAAAUAAAAUAUCGAAAAAAAACGAAAGAUCUUUGCGUCCUAGUGAUCAAGUUUUCAGCUAGCUUAUAGAAAAAGCGUUUAGUAAUAAAAUGACAGUAUUUGUAAAUGAAAAAAAAAAUCGUUUCCCCACUACCAUGUUAUCUUUAUCGUUGAAAAAUCUCAUGGUUUUACUUUGUUACUCAAACACAUUUUUCUUAUUAAAAACAAUAUAACAAAAAAAAAUGCACUAACAGUCUUAUAUGGAAAAAGAGAAAAAAUUAAAAAAAAAAGGACGAACACACACAUUUAUUUAUCGUCAUAUCCUCACUUUGAUCGAAAAUACCGAAAAAUACAUCGCGUGAAGCGAUCUUAUGGAAAAAACGAUAAUCUAAAUAUGAUUGUUAUUGUUUUCUUAAUAGUAAUGAAACACUGAACAGUGCCUCGUCAAAAUCUGUGUGAACACUUAUAUUCGAAGUCGAGAAUGCUCAAUGUAAACUGCAACAUUGUCCGCUCUCUGUAACUCGUAUAUUAUUCGCUAGUGUUAAAUCUAUCAUAUAAGAAAGAUAAAAAGAAAAAGAACCUUUGUAAAACUCUGAGAGCUAAAAUACUUGUAUAGAUGAUACUGCGAUGCAUAUUAAAACGAUAAGGAACGUAAAAACACUCAACCGGGGCCUUCCUUUUUUUUUUGAAAAAACCGCCCGUUUUGUAAGAGGUGACAAGAUUACGGAAGAUCAGAUGCCCCUGAACGCAGAUUACUAGCGUUACACACGUGCAUUUUGGGGCAACAGUUUGACGAAAUCGACGUGAUCGAUGCCGGCAAUAUAGAAGUUGAAAAUGAAUUUCGUGCUUCUGGGUAGUAUUUUCAUGUUCCUAAUUUUUUAAUAAAAAAAUCAGGAUAACGAAAAGGGUAGCAGACUAAUGUUAUUGCUCAAUAUAAUUCUAUUUUCAGGAUAAUUUUAAUUGAACAAGUUAUAACCCGGGCUUUUUGAAUCGUUGCCGUGAGCAACAUUGUAAACGAUUGGAAAAAGACAAGUCUAUUACGCCGCGUUGUUUCCAGGUGCCAAUAAGUAGGAAUUAAUUCGGUAUGUUUAGAUGAUCCGCUUAAUUAGAAAGCUAAUGUCCAUAUUGUAGACUCAUCGCCAUGUCUUUUUCAAUGAAAAGCUUAGAGAGCAAUAGGACUCGAUAGUAAUAGUAGAAAAAGAGUAGUAUGCCGAAAAAUUUUAUGGAAAUUAAAAUUACAUAAAUUAUGUACUUUCGUCAUAUUAUUUUUAUCGACAUAUUAUUUACUAAAUUGCGUACUUAUUUUAUAAUUCUCAUGUACCAGUAUUCACAACCAGAUUCAUCAACUAGUGUUGAUAUUCAUCCGUGCAAAUAAAUAGAAAAUACAGCGAAUGCUAUUCCAUUGUCAGCAAAGUGCCGUAAAAUAAACCGUCAAUAUUGUAAGCGUGAAAAAGUGCUGUCGAACUUUACCAUAGUUGAAAAAAGGGUUUAUUAUUAUGUCACUGCGUCGAUUUCACAAGGAGAAAUUUCGUUUUUUUGCGUCGCAAACAAUACUAUAUCUAGAGUAGAAAUUCAGCAUUAUUGUCUUAUCAUAGUAGAUCUUUUUAUCUAUAACAAUUAAGAAAAAAAAGUAUUUUGUCGUCAUCGAGCGUGUCUUUAGAAUAUCAUAAAUUAAGCCUAAAUAUGGUAGUGUUAAUAGAAUAGAUAGCUGCAUUGUUGAAGCGCAAUAAUAUCUUCACUUCCGGUGACUUUUUCACCAGAAAUUUCAUUCGUGUAUUGAAAUUAAUGUAUUAACGUAAAUACUGACCGAGCUUUGAUAACUUCUGUGACAUUUGCGACACUGGUUUUUUUGAAACUAUUCAACGGAUCAAAUGAAAAUUUAGAUAUUAAUGAUUGCGCUUCAAUAAUAAUCUAUAUGAGUGUACUAUUUUUAGCAACUUUAUAAUGAAAGCAUCGAUUAGGAUCAUUGUCUAUCGCAAAAAAGAAUACUAAGAAAAAUCUGUUUUGGCGAAACUUUCAAGAUAUUGCAAAACGAUUAGCUGAGCUCUCUUAGUCGAGAGCCGUUGAACGAAGAAAAGGAAAAUGCUGACGUAAAUUAUAUUUAAUACCUUUGAAUAGAAAAUAUAUGUGGCUAUGCUCUUACAUUUCUUUUUUUCUUUGUAAUUUAAGUAAGAAAAUAUCAAAAGACAAUUUACCUGUUCAAAUCUUUUUGGAGCCCGCAGUUAGCAUAUAAUGUACGGUAUCAAAUUACAGUGUGCGAAAAAAAUGAAAAAAUUGAUGGUGGAAAAGAGAAGUCGAAGCAAAAAGAGAUCUAUUUUUACACUUGGUCUAUAAAAAAAUUGAAAUACUUCAAAAAAGAUACUUUAAAAUGCGAAAAAAUGAGAAAAAAAAAGAAAGCUGAACGAUAGUUGAAAUUUAGACAAAUUCAUCUGUAGUUUCAUACUCUAGUCUCUAGUCAGGAAAAUUAUGUAUCUAGAAAUGCGAGAAUUAUUAUUGUGUGAUGUGAGAUAGUAAAAGACUUUGCCUUCGCGUCGAAUGCAUAAUUUUUAUACGAAAUUUCAAGUGGUAAGUGCUUAUGUGGUACAUCGAUGAUUGAGGAUAUCUCGGACAAGUGAAAAACUAGACAAACCAAGUCACGUUACGAGAGCUGAUUGGAUUAAAUGACUUUUAUUGUGUUUUCUAUCAGAUCGCGACGUCUUUUACUAGUUUGAUCUCAAUUGUUUAACUGUAUCUGAUACUUUACUGCAAAUUGUUAUGCAGCGAAUCGGCCGUAUUCGUUUGAAUGCCCUUCAUAACAAAAAUUUAUCGGCAAUUGUUUCUCAACUUUAACCGUCAUAUUGUUUCACAGAUUUUUCUUGCGUACUCCGAUUGGUGAUUGCACAAUUUCAUUAGAAAAUAUCAAGUAGGUAUUAUUAACUGCGAAUUGAACGAAUGGCCGAUCACGUCAAAUAUUAAAGUCAGAUGAAUGUAUCUUCGAUAUUGUAUAAGACUUCGACGCGACGGUUUCUGCGCAGAUGCUAUUAUAACUCUGCGUUUAUAUAUUCAAAUGUAGGCAGUAAGGCAAUCUUUUUAUUUUAUUCUUUUUUUCUUUUUUUAUUCAAAGAAAAAGAGUUUACAGAAGAAAGUUGAAUAUUUUUUUAUCAAAAAAACAUUAUUAAAAUUUGAAAAUGUCGAAUUCACGACUCAUAAUCUCAUUGUCUUUAAAAUUUAUUAAACUAUUACUGUCUGACAUCACUUUUUGAUUCUACACAUUCAGCGUUUGACAUCCUAACUCGUAAUAGAAUUUAUAUUUCUCAGAGAAUGAAUCGAUUUAACGUAUUUAAAGAGCUCAAACCACUCAGAAUUUUGAUUCAGUAUAGUAAGUCGAGUUAACGACGAUAUUCCAUUUAUAAUACAUGUAUUUUCAUGUGACGUAUUUAUUUCGAUAAAACUGCCUUAAAUAUACUAUUAUAAAGAUUAUUUAGAAAUUUUGAUGAAUAUAUAAAUAUCUAGGAUAUGAACAUCACUCCAUAUUGAUAUGUUCUUAUACGCAGAAUUGUUUUGAUAAUUGAAUGUUGUCAAAAGUAAUCGAAGCAAAAAAGUAGAAUAACAGCUUUAUCUCGUCAUCCAAAUUUCAGUUUUCUAAACACACAUAUGCGUGUAUCCAACGUAUCUUCAAUUUUUGUGCAAUUAUUUUUACGCGAAUCAAGGUGAAUAAUGUUUAUACACGUAAGAAAAGAGCGUUCAACAACUAAUUUUGUACUCAUCAGUCUCACAAUCUUUAUCAGAAAAUAAUACGAGAUAUGCUAGCAUUUACAAUUUUACAAACGAUUUUUUGUUCUAAAGAUAUUCUUUUCGAAAAACACCCAAAUUUUCAUUAAUAUUUUGGCUUAUAUUUGUAUAUAAGGUGAGAUGGCUUACUAAUUUAUAUUAAAAAUAUUUGUAGUAUUAAGAUGGAAAAUAUAUAAUACUUAAGAAUAAUCACUAAUUAUGAAACGAGUAUUGACAUUAAGAUUUAAAAAAGUCGUCCGUUUGAAAAGAUCUCAUUGCGAGCGAGAUUUGGUAAAAGCAAAUAUACUUUAUACACACACACACACACACAUAUAUAUAGUAUUUAUGGAGGACAGUGCGAUAUUUCUCCAACCGUGCGAUGUAUAUUGAUUUCCUGGCAUGCGUUAAUCAAUCGAAAAGACAUAUAUUUCCCUAACGAUCAUAACAGUUUCACCAUUGAAUGUGUUAUUGAAUCUAAUUCAGUACUCUUUGAAUGGUUUCCAAUGUGAUAUGUAAGUGUUGGAUUUGUUAGACACUCUCUUGAGUUAACUUAGCAGAAUUGCAAAGCAAGUUUAUAGUUUUAGAGAUCAGCGCAACUCUACAAUUAGUAACGACUCAUUAUCCGAUAUAUCUGUAAAUAUAUAAAAUCAAUAACUGUAUAUUGAUGGUUACAAGCGAAAGUCAUUAAGCUGCAUUAUGAUAUUUUUCUCAGUCAGCCAGAGAUAUAGACAAAUAUACAUCGCUAGAAAUCGAUAUAGAAAAGACAAGAGAAAAGUAGUAAUAGACAAAUCUAGUUAUUCGCGGAAGCCGAAUAGGAAUCAGGAAGAAUCGGUGACUACAUGGGAGACGAUCGCACAGUGCUCUGCGACGACCGCGCGAGUUAAUAUACAUAAUUAUAGAUGUGGAUUUAAGAUUAUAAUUGUAUCAUAAGGAAACGUCGGAAAACGAAAGAUGUGUCGGUGAUGACACUGAACAAACAGAAAUACAGAAGCCAAGUCGAUAUUCGCCAGCAGCGCGUGCGAGCACGUCGCGCGAGCGAGGUGUAGCUUAUGAGAACUCGUAGAGGCGAGCUGAGAGUGGAACAAUUCAGCGGGCGAGCAGCUACGGCGAUGUGCGAGUGCGCUUGUGCUCUUUGCAUAUAAAUAUAUACAUAUACAAGUACAGAAAAAAAAAAAACGUAAAUUGAUGUUUGCUAUGUGUUUUUCUCCUCCAACUUUCCGUUGCCGACGAGGCGCGUGCGAGCGCCAAUCAUGUUUCUCUCUUACACGACGGCAGUUUCGUGGGGAUUAAAAGAAGGGCGCGACGUGAAAGAGAGCGUAUGAGUGAGUCGGCAGUCAGAUGAGCGCCAGAUGCCUAGAUGUUAUUGCUAUGACGUAUGGCCGAAACUGUCACUUUAUCUCAGUAGAGAACAGUUCUGUUAAUGCGAUUAUCAUUAUGACUAUGCCAUGGUAUAAUCUCAUCAAUAUUGUGGAAUGGAUCUAUUUAUGAAUCCGUCGAUCGUUGAUGUAAUCAAACGUGUUCUGAGUGAAUUUUAAUAGAACACUUUAAAUCGA